UUUACAUGUAUAUUCUCACUUUUUUCUCAAGUAUAUUCUCACCCUUUAAUUUCUCUUCUACAUUGCUGAUAUUUGUAAAAUGGAGACAGAAAAGAUUAGUAAUGGAGAGAGCAAGGAUGUGAGGGUGGCUAGUAAGAAAAGUGUGAGAUUUUCAGAUUUGUUUUUGAGGUUGAUGGCAUUGGCACUCACUCUUGCUGCUGCAGUAACUCUUGGGCUCAGUAAACAGACUGCCAUUGUCCCCAUUACGCUGGUUUCGACACUGCCGCCGAUGAAUGUUCCGGUCACUGCUCAAUGGCAUGACAUGUCUGCCUUUAAAUAUUUUGUGGUGACAAACGCAAUAUCAUGCGGCUACGGAGCUCUUUCACUGAUCCUCGCAGUGGCUAAUAGAGGCAAAAGAAACGGACUCGCCGUCCUGAUUAUAGUCCUCGACAUACUAGUGCUUGCAGUACUAGCUUCCGGCAUCGGAGCCGCCUCAGCCGUCGGCAUUCUGGGGUACAACGGGAAUAAGCAUGUGCACUGGGAGAAAGUGUGUCAUGUAUUCGGAAAAUUCUGCCACCAAGUUGCGGCUGCGAUUGUUGUCUCUUUGCUUGGCUCACUGGCCUUUCUGUUUCUGCUAGUGCUCUCUGCUCUUGAUCUCCAGAAGAAGAAUUAUUAUUAAAUAAUUAUAUAUAUUGUUGCAGCAUUUUGUGUUAGAAACCUAAAUCAGACAUGAAGGACUUUUGGUUAGUUCAUGUUGGUGUGUAAUUUAUGAUUUAACUGUAUACAGUUUUAAGAAACUUGUUUUCGUGAUUGUUGAAUUUUUGUAAGAAUACCAACUGUUUAUGCUCAUUGCUCAGUGUCGUGUCUUGUUUUUAAGGGGUUCUCUGUUA